UACUGUGUGCCAGGCUCUGGGCUAGACACCCAAUUCCCCUACACAGUUUAAGGGGAGGGUGGUGGGUCGAGAGCUGUUCCCUCUCUUCCCGGCGUCCCAGGUGGGCGCGGCUGGUGAGGGAAUACACUCCUGAAAGGUCUAGGAAGCUCAAGCCCAGAACCAGCGCGAUCCACGCCACGGAAGGCGGCCGCCUUGGGCGGUCUGGGAGCGCGCGCCUGCGAGGCCGCGCAGGGUGCCCCUGUCUGGCGCUCAGGUGGCUCCUCCGCCCACUCCGCCGCUCCCUCCCCUCUCCGGCGAGGGUCGAGUUUGCUGUUGCGCGCGGGGAAGGAAGGAGGGGCUACAAGGGAUUUGAAAGUGCACGGGCUGCCGAGUGGAGCUCGAGUCUGUCCCCGCCGCCCGCGAGCGGAUUAAAUUUCCGCAAAUUCAAACUGAAUGGGGCUUUCUUCUGCGGCCUUCCAGAGGGCGCCUGCAGCCCGCCACGCGCGCCUCCCCGGGGCACACCGCUGAGGAUCGGGGACCCUGCGGCCCCACCGCUCCCUUCAAGGGCCGGCGCAGCCUCCCGCGCACCCGAGCAGGCCCCGGGACGGGACCGCGGACGCGAUCUGGGGGUCCGAACCUCCCAGGACCAACUUCUUGGGGGCGGGUCCCCGCUCGCCCCGGCGGCCGCUAUUGUCUGCGCUCGGUGCGGCGGGGGGCGUGAGCGCGGAGACCCGGGUCGGGCGGAGCCGGGUCCAGGGCGGCGGCGGGAGGAGCCCGCGCAGCCCCGGGAGGAGGAGGAGCAGCAGCAGCAGAGGCGAGCGCGGGAGCCUCGCGGGCCGCUGACGGGCGCGAUGCCGGCGGCAGCGGGGGACGGGCUGCUGGGCGAGCCCGCGGCGCCCGGGGGAGAUGGAGGAGCGGAGGACGCGGCCAGGCCCGCGGCGGCCUGCGAGGGAAGUUUCCUGCCUGCCUGGGUGAGCGGCGUGUCCCGCGAGCGGCUCCGCGACUUCCAGCACCACAAGCGCGUGGGCAACUACCUCAUCGGCAGCAGGAAACUGGGCGAGGGCUCCUUCGCGAAGGUGCGCGAGGGGCUGCACGUGCUCACCGGGGAGAAGGUAGCCAUCAAGGUCAUUGACAAGAAGAGAGCCAAAAAGGACACCUAUGUCACCAAAAACCUGCGACGUGAGGGGCAGAUCCAGCAGAUGAUCCGUCACCCCAACAUCACACAGCUCCUUGACAUCCUAGAGACGGAGAACAGCUACUACCUGGUCAUGGAGCUGUGCCCUGGGGGCAACCUCAUGCACAAGAUCUAUGAGAAGAAGCGUUUGGACGAGUCUGAAGCCCGCAGAUAUAUCCGGCAGCUCAUCUCUGCGGUAGAGCACCUGCACCGGGCUGGGGUGGUCCACAGAGACUUGAAGAUAGAAAAUUUGCUACUUGAUGAAGACAAUAAUAUCAAGCUCAUUGACUUUGGUUUGAGCAACUGCGCUGGGAUCCUGGGUUAUGCGGACCCGUUCAGCACGCAGUGUGGCAGCCCAGCCUAUGCUGCCCCAGAACUGCUCGCCAGGAAGAAAUAUGGCCCCAAGAUCGAUGUCUGGUCCAUAGGUGUGAACAUGUACGCCAUGUUGACGGGGACCCUGCCUUUCACAGUGGAGCCUUUUAGCCUGAGGGCUCUUUACCAGAAGAUGAUGGACAAGGAGAUGAACCCCCUCCCCAGCCAGCUCUCUACAGGGGCCAUCAACUUUCUGCGCUCUCUCCUGGAACCAGAUCCCGUGAAGAGGCCGAACAUUCAGCAAGCACUGGCAAAUCGCUGGUUAAAUGAGAAUUAUACAGGGAAAGUGCCCUGUAAUGUCACCUAUCCCAACAGGAUUUCUCUGGAAGACCUGACCCCAAGUGUGGUGCUGCACAUGACAGAGAAGCUGGGCUACAAGAACAGUGACGUCAUCAACACGGUGCUCUCCAACCGUGCCUGCCACAUCCUUGCCAUCUACUUCCUGUUAAACAAGAAACUUGAGCGCUAUUUGUCAGGGAAAUCUGACAUCCAAGAUAGCACCUGCUACAAGACCCAGUUCUACCAGAUAGAGAAGUGCCGAGCCACCUAGGAACCCUAUGAGGCCUCCCUGGAUACCUGGACAAGAGACUUUGAAUUCCAUGCUGUGCAGGAUAAAAAGCCCAAAGAACAAGAGAAAAGAGGGGAUUUUCUUCAUCGACCAUUUUCUAAGAAAUUGGACAAGAACCUGCCCUCGCACAAACAGCGCCCAGCCUCCCUUAUCACCGGGAGGCCUCCACCCUCCCUUAUCACACAGCUUCAGAACACCAGAGCUCUACUAAAAGACCGGAAGGCCUCCAAGUCAGGCUUCCCUGACAAAGAUUCCUUUGGCUGCCGCAAUAUUUUCCGCAAAACCUCUGACUCCAAUUGUGUGGCUUCAUCUUCCAUGGAAUUCAUCCCUGUCCCACCUCCCAGGACACCCAGGAUUGUAAAGAAACUAGAGCCCCACCAGCCAGGGCCCGGAAAUGCUAGCAUCCUCCAGAAGGAAGAGCCCCUGAUGCUGGAUAUGGUGCGCUCCUUUGAGUCUGUCGAUCGUGAUGACCACAUAGAGCUACUGUCCCCUUCCCACCAUUAUAGGAUCCUGAACUCACCUGUGAGCUUGGCCCGCAGGAAUUCCAGUGAGAGGACAUUCUCCCCAGGGCUGCUGUCCGGAAGCACAUCGCCUCUUCAGGCUCCACCACAUCCCACGCUGGUAUCGUUUGCUCAUGAAGAUAAGAACAGCCUACCCAAAGAGGAGGGUGUGUGUUCCCCACCUCCAGUUCCCAGCAAUGGCCUCACGCAGCCUCUGGGGAGCCCCAAUUGUGUGAAGAGCCGGGGAAGGUUCCCUAUGAUGGGUAUCGGACAGAUGCUAAGAAAGCGGCACCAGAGCCUGCAGCCUUCCUCAGAGAGACCCCUGGAUGCCAGCAUGUCCCCUCUGCAGCCCACAGCCCCUUCCAGCCUCUCCUUUGACAUGGCUGACAGUGUGAAGGGCCAGUGUUAACCCAGAAUGGCAAGAUUCUGGGACCCCCACUGGAACAGUACUCCACACAUCCAUCAGGACAUGAACAGUGAACCUCACGGGACCAUCCUUUAUAGUCUCACCCCUUUUGCCAUGUGAUGUCCCAAGUGUAGAUCAGCUGAAAUCCACAGACUCAAAGCCUGCACAUCCAGUCUGUCUUUAGGACCCUCUGAGAUGUAGAGAAUCACUAGGAGGGCUGGCUGUGGGGUAGUCCAUUUCAGUCUGAGCCCUUCUUUCCUCAACCUCUCUAAUAUCUGAGCCCCCGCUAACAUUGUCCAACUGGGCUCAGGGCUGAAAACCACACAUCUCUUUUCUGGACCACUCCAAUUUACAGGACAGUUAGUAGCUGACCUUCCUUCAUUCUGUGCUGCCUGUGUGCCUCUCAGGCUGCUUGGCUCAGUGUUCACAGUCUCCCAGGGACCAAAGCACAAGGUCAUUACCCAGGCUAGGGAAUUCCCUCAAAGAAGAGUCCUUCUUUUCCUAACAGUGAAUCUCUGCAGUAGAGCAGGAGUAACACAAAGUGUUGGACCCUGGGAACCCCAGAGCAAGAUGGGAAGGAGCCUCAGACAGAGAUGGAACCCAGCAGCAAGAACCCAGACAGAAGAAAAUGGAAGGAAACACUCAUUCCAAAACAUUGCUUUGAUAGUUCGGUUUGUUGUUGUUGUUGUUGUUGUUGUUGUUGUUGUUUUUGAAACUUGGUAAUGGUUGAAUGAACUUGUCCAAAGAGAUCUUUCUUUAUAUGAUGUCAUUAAAUUGAAGUAACAAUAUAUAUAUUUUUGAGACAGGGUCUCACUAAGUAGCCUAAGCUGGCCUUGGACUUAUAAUCCUCCUGCUUCAGCCUCCAAAAGCGCUGAGAUUACAAAUGUGUAACCCCAUGUCGGGUUUAAAGUAACAAUUUUUAAAAAUCUAAAUGGCCAGUUGAAAAGUAGUUCCCUCAAAUUCAUGUUUUCCUGAGAUGAUACGGCUCAGAUGGCCAAAAAGAUGGCUUGGGUGGUAUUUAUAGCAGCAUUAGACCACAGUGGCCUGCAAUUGGCAAGAGCCUAGCCAUCCUGUGCUCAUACCAUGAGCAGCAGAAGGCACUGAGAUAGCUCCAGUUGGUUCUGCAGAACAAGACAAAGGAUGGUUAUGGCCGAAUUCAGAUGGCAAGAAGGUGGCAUUUGCUCUGCAGUGCAGUUCUCUUCCUGUGGUUAGAGCUUGGGCAGUCUGCUGGGAGCAGGCUUGCUCACUGAGAAUAAGGACAGCACAGUUUCUUCCCCAGGUUUUGAAAGCAGUGUCCCCCAAACAGGCUUUCUGUCCACAUUGUAUUUCCACACCUUCUCCCCAGGAUCGAACCAAAGAUGCAUCUCCGAUUUUGUGACUGUGCUGUCCUUAUGUGGUUUUUGUGGCAUCUGGUGUCUGACCACAUCCAGCUGGUGCUUGAUGGGUACUAUCUCCAUGUGGGUCCUGGACCUUGGUAUUAGGCAGGGGACCACUCAGUCAUGAGCAGCAUUGCCAGGAGGGAAAAAUUGGCACUGGUUGGAUCACAGUUUAGGAGCUGAGUUAUGAAACAGACUUGAAUCUUCAAUCUUUGAUCAGUUCUGAUGAGACCAGAGACCACAGCUAUGGCUACAAUGCCAGUAGAGUCAUCAUGGUUCAUUGAUUCCAAAGUGGGACAGUUCCUUUAAAAUCACAAAGCCAGCUUUCACUUCCCUGGCAGACAGGCUUUGCCAGUAAGGGAUGCAAUAGACCUUCACCAUUUCUUGUUUACCAGUGGUGACUUCCUUUGGCUCCUCGCAGCUCUGACUGAGCACGAACAGAACACACCUUUGGCUGACCCUGGAAAUGAGAUGCCCUGGUCCUGACUGACCUUGGCAAAACCCGGGCUGCUUAAUCCCUCUAGGGGGAAUCACCCCAGCCCUAGAGUAUAUUAGGAAGAUGUCAGUCUCUCAGCAUCUGGUGACAGACUUGUAUCCUUUUAUGACUUCAGUUUGGGUUCCAGGACUUAACAUUGAAAAUGGAACUUUUUAAACAGAGAGAAGAAUCAUCUAGCAGAUGCUCUCUAUUUGACAGGAUGUGCUUGAUUUUUUUGAUGGGUGAAGAAUCCUUUCUUCAGAGAUGACUUCCAGCCGCAAGCACCCCACUCAGCAAGUUGGCCGGAUGUGUACCUGUAUGUCAUCAUCUCUGUAACCCCUUAUGUCUCCUUCUGGCUUUUUGCUUUCCUUGAACAUGUGUGUGUUCCUGUGUUGCUGUUAGCUGGUGGAGAAUGUGUCGCCCAUUCUGCAGAUUCUUCGAGGACUGCUUCAGGUAUUGUACCAGUAGCUGACUGUGUUCCUGUUGGUGAUUUGGACUCAGGUGUAUGGUGAACCCAGCGAGGAGGGAACAAUCUGUGUUUUUGGGGUGUGUGUGUGUGUGUGUAAACACCUGACAGACAAAUCUAUGAAACCGUGUGAACGAAGAGAUGUUAAAUUCUUUAUUGUUUUAUUAUAUUUAUAUGGAAUACUUGACUAUCCUUUUGCUAAGUACAAAGUGUGUUGUCUGUUUGACCCAUGACUGUCCUUCAUGAAUCCAUGCCUGUGAUUUCAGUCAGCCUGUGUGGCUACCCACAGAAAUGACCGAACUGUCAUCGUGUGAAGUCCAGGAGGAAAAGUCCAUUUUAGUUGUAUGAUUUGGUCAUAAGUAAAAGCUAUAUUUAUGUCACCAUUAUUAAAUAUAUGUACUUUUGUAAUGACUGUGAAAUACACGUUUUCCCCA